GGCGGGGAGGCCCACACGGCAGUCAGCUGAGCGUCGCUGGGCGGGCUCGCAAGGCCGCAAGUGAGCCCGAGGCUUCCCGAGUCCCCGCCGCCGCCCUCCCGCGGGUCCUCUGGUCCGCGUCUGCAUCCGGGUACCGAGCCUCCCCCAGCGGGCACGAUGCCGAGGAAUCAGUGACCCGGAGAGAGGCGGGAGCGCGGGCGCGGGGUCUGGGUAUGGAGUCAUCCUUGAUACUUGGUUGUGCCUCUUCUUAAGUGACCUUGGAAGAACUAUAAAACCUCAGUGAACUCAGCUCUGUCACCUGUAAAAUAAAUAUAAUUGAGUUUCAGUGAGGAUUAAAAAGUGACGUGUCUGAUGCAGUGAUUCGGGACAUAGUAAGCAUCCGAAAUAUGAUCUGUUGCCAUGUCCCACCACCCGCUUAACUGCCUAACUGAAAAAGGGGACAGCCCCAACGAAACCACAGGAAAUGGACCCCCCAAUCUGGCUCACCCAAACCUGGACACAUUCACCCCAGAGGAGCUGCUGCGGCAAAUGAAGGAGCUCCUGAUGGAGAACCAUCAGCUGAAAGAAGCCAUGAAGCUAAAUAACCAAGCUAUGAAAGGACGAUUUGAGGAGCUUUCGGCCUGGACAGAGAAGCAGAAAGAAGAACGCCUUUUUUUUGAGAUCCAGAGCAAAGAAGCCAAAGAACGCCUAAUGGCUUUGAGUCAUGAAAAUGAAAAAUUGAAGGAAGAACUUGGAAAACUAAAAGGGAAAACAGAAAUGUCAUUCCAGGAUCUCACUGGGGACCCCAAGGCAGUAGCAGAACAGGAAAUGGAACAGCUAAAGACCCAGGUGGCGCGCCUUCAAGCUGAAAAGGCAGAUCUGCUGGACAUUGUGUCUGAAUUACAACUCAAGCUGAACUCAAGCGGCCACUCUGAAGACUCCUUUGUUGAAAUUAGGAUGGCUGAAGGAGAAGCACAUGUGGCAGUGAAAGAAAUGAAGACAAGUCCUGGGCCCACAAGAACUGAUUUCAUUGACACGAGCAGAUCUGCAGAAAGUGCCAGGGAUUACUUGGAAUCUGAGGAACUAACUGUGAGCCAGCUCCUGCUUUGUCUAAGGGAAGAAAAGCAGAAGGUGGAGAGACUUGAGAAAGCACUUAAGGAAGCCAAAGAAAGAAUUUCAGAAUUAGAAAAGAAAGCCAAUGAUUGUUCCGAGAUUGACACCCAGACAGAGGGGAACACCGAAAAAGAGAAAGAAGAGGAGAAAGGCACAGAAACUGUUGGAAGUGAAGUGGAAGCUUUGAAACUGCAGGUGACAACCCUGUUUAAGGAGCUUCAAGAGGCUCAUAUGAAACUCAGUGAAGCUGAGCUAAUGAAGAAGAGACUUCAAGAAAAAUGUCAGGCCCUUGAAAGGAAAAAUUCUGCAACGCCAUCAGAGCAGAAUGAAAAGCAAGAGCUUGUUUAUAAUAACAAAAAGUUAGAGCUGCAGAUGGAAAGCAUGCGAUCAGAAAUCAAAAUGGAGCAAGCAAAAACAGAAGAUGAAAAGUCCAAAUUAGCCACUCUACAGUUGACACACAACAAGCUUCUUCAAGAAUAUAAUAAUGCAUUGAAAAUAGUUGAAGAACUAAAAAGGAAAGAGGCCUACCUUGGAGACAUUCGGGGUUCAGUUCCCGACCACCGCAAUAAAUCAGAAAAAGUGGAUAAGGUGAUGGUGCAGGAACUAAAAGAAAAACUGGAACUGGCAGAGAAGGCCCUGGCUUCCAAGCAGCUUCAAAUGGAUGAGAUGAAGCAGACUAUCGCCAUGCAGGAGGAAGACCUGGAAACCAUGACAGUUCUUAGGGCGCAGAUGGAGGUUUACUGUUCGGACUUUCAUGCUGAAAGAGCAGCAAGAGAGAAGAUUCAUGAAGAAAAGGAGCAACUGGCAUUGCAGUUGGCAAUUUUGCUGAAAGACAAUAAUGCUUUCGAAGAUGGAGACAGUAGGCAGUCUUUGAUGGAAAUGCAGAGCCGUCAUGGGGCGAGAACCAGUGACCCCGACCAGCAGGCUUACCUCGUUCAAAGAGGAGCUGAGGAUAGGAACUGGCGGCAACAGCAACAACAGAAUAUGCCGAUUCAUUCUUGCCCCAAAUGUGGAGAACUUCUGCCUGACAUAGAUACAUUACAGAUUCACGUCAUGGACUGCAUCAUUUAAGUGCUGACAUUUCACCUCCCCAACCUGUUGGUCAAUGUCAGAUUUUUUCCUCCAAGAGUUGUACUUUUGUGUUGUUUUCACUUAAAUAUUUUUGCUCAUUAUGUUUGUUUUAGGAGACAGAAAAUUGGUAUGUUCCACGUAGGACAUUUUUUGCGUAUUUCCAUAAACUCGCACAGUAGAAUCCUUAGCAUACCACUCUCCUGAUAAUAGAGUCAUUUUUUUUUUUAAUGUUCAGUUUAUGUGAGCACUGACUGUUCAUGUAGUUAAUUAGCGUGUAACGUCAUGGGACGGAGUAAAUGUAAUUAAAUGGAAGAUGCCUCACUUAUAAACCUUAAGAACCUUUUAAGGAGGCAGGAAAAAUGAAGUGGUCACAGAUUUCAUAAAGAAAAAUGUCUUCAAAAUAUUUCUGAAAUAAAUUAUAUUGUUAUUUUUCUUAAUUCAUUUAAGACAAAUCUGUUUGGGGCUGUGUGCAUAUGUGUAUGUUGUAGUUUUAUUGCAGCCACAGUAAUUGUACUAAAGUUAGGAAUGAUGUGGCUCUUUUCAUGUGAGCACUGUGAGCUUUUACUUGAUCGUCAGGACAAAGGGAAAAAAUACUGGCACACAUGAAGUAGAUUCAUUGGAUUUGACAUAACCAUUCAGAGGACAAAGAAGUUAUCUUUGUUCUUUCAUUGUGCUGUAGGUUUGUGGGCUUGUACAAUAGAGAGUUUAUUCAUUUCUAAAAAGUACAGCUAUUUAUUCAUUUUCUUCCUGAAUCAGACUAUAUAUUCAUAAUCACAAAAAUAGUUAUUGCAAAAUAAAAUUUUGCUUUUGAAUCUUUCA